AUGGCUUCCGACACUUCAUCAGAGCCCCGGGCCGCCACCCGCGAGGAGAUGCGCGAUGCCAAGCUCCCACUUGCCUACCGAGACAGCUGCGCCCAUCUUCUGAUUCCCCUCAACAAGUGCCGUCGCGAGACUUGGUACGCUCCUUGGAAGUGCACCGUAUGUUCCCCCCGCUCGGCCCCUCCCCGCCAAUCCCGGAGUCUCGGGUUGCAGGACCCUCAGCUUGAGACUCUGGUGGACGAGCGUCACAGCUACGAGAAGUGCCAAUACGUCGAAUUCAAGAAGCGAGUGGCCAAGAUGGACGAGCUACGAGAGGCCAAAGGUGGAGCCAGGAGCAACUGA